CAGAAGAAGGUCUUCACCAGCUUCCACGAGAUGAUCGAGCAGAGCAAGGAACCCGUGCUGGUGGAGUUCUGUGACUGCCGCUGCAGGCCGUGCCAGAUGAUGGGAGGCAUCCUGAACGAGGUGGCGCCCUCGCUGCGGGACCGCGUCAAGUUUGUGAAGGUGGACAGCGAGAAGUACCCCACCGUUGCCAGCAAGUACCAGAUUGGAGCGCUGCCCACGCUCAUCCUGUUCAAGGGCGGCAAGCCCGUGGACCGCAUUGAGGGGGUGGUGAUGGCGGGCGACUUGAAGAGCCGGCUGGAG